AUGAGAAGCUGUGGUCCAACACCAGCUUUGACAAUCUUCGCUGUCGCAUACGCUCCAACAUCAAGCUACGAAAAAGAAGAAGUCGAAGCUUUGUAUAUGGACAUAGAGAAAAGAACGCCUGGAGGACUUCACAUCGGAACCCAUGGCCUUCAAUGGAGUGAACAGGGAGAAAAACUUUCCGAGCUCAUCAUGACGACUAAGACCAUCCAUGGGAACUCGCAAAUCCAGAAGCCCUCCUCUCUACGUUGGACGUGGGAGUCACCCGAUGGAGGGUAUCAUAAUGAAAUUGACCAUCGUCAUCGACAUCGUGAGCGUGGAGCUGCACGUGCUGCAGGCAACCAAGAAUUCACGUCCAAGCUCACAAAGCUUGCCAGAGAGGCGAUAAAGGAGGACCUCAAAGAGAGAAGAGCAGAAGUGUUGGCUGAAGCUGCAGAGGUGGAACAGAGCAUUCCUUAUGCCCCGUCGGAACUUCGCCAAUCGUAA